AAUUUUUAAGCAAAACAGAAAACAAGCCUCUGAAUCGAAUUGAAUUGAAUUCUACUCAACAGGUUAUCGCAGUGAUAUCCAUACUAUUUAUAGUCCUGUCUACCAUAGCCCUGACGUUGAACACCCUACCACAACUACAACACAGUGAGAAUGGUACACCAUCCGAUAAUCCGCAAUUGGCUAUGGUUGAGGCCGUUUGCAUAUCGUGGUUCACCUUAGAGUAUAUACUUAGGUUUAGUGCGUCGCCGGACAAAUGGAAAUUCUUUAAGGGCGGCCUUAACAUAAUCGAUCUAUUGGCAAUACUCCCAUAUUUUGUUUCCCUAUUCCUAUUGGAGACGAAUAAGAAUGCAACGGACCAGUUCCAGGAUGUGCGCCGGGUGGUGCAAGUAUUUCGCAUCAUGCGCAUCCUGCGAAUCCUUAAGCUGGCCCGUCACUCAACGGGCCUGCAGUCGUUAGGCUUUACGCUACGUAAUUCAUAUAAGGAACUCGGUCUACUAAUGCUGUUCCUGGCCAUGGGCGUUCUCAUAUUUUCUUCGCUGGCAUAUUUUGCCGAAAAGGAUGAAAAGGAUACAAAAUUCGUUUCAAUACCGGAAACAUUUUGGUGGGCGGGUAUUACAAUGACAACUGUUGGCUACGGGGACAUCUAUCCCACUACUGCACUGGGAAAGGUUAUUGGUACUGUGUGUUGCAUAUGCGGUGUUCUGGUAAUCGCUUUGCCUAUUCCCAUCAUCGUUAACAAUUUUGCUGAAUUUUAUAAGAACCAGAUGCGACGCGAGAAGGCGCUCAAGCGACGUGAGGCGCUCGAUCGGGCGAAACGUGAAGGCAGCAUCGUCUCCUUUCAUCAUAUCAAUCUGAAAGAUGCCUUUGCCAAAUCCAUGGAUCUCAUAGAUGUUAUUGUCGAUACAGGCAAGCAAACAAAUGUCGUACAUCCGAAAGGUAAAAAUCAAAAAGCGCCAAAUAUAGGAAAACAGCCAUUGAGCGCUAUAAUCGCAGGUUCCACCACAAAUUGGUGUUGA